GAGGUGGCAUCCUGCUGGGCGCACGCGCGUUCCCUGAGGAGGUGCGACCUGGAACUAUGGCGCCUGCAGCGGCCCACCCUGCGGCCCUGCGACUGCGGCUGCUCCUCUCUCCCCUGAGGUCCAGGAUCCCCGCGCCUCAGACGAAGCCUGCAGCCGCCUUCGGCACUGCAGUAACUUCUGCCAAGGUGGCUGUUAAUGGUGUUCACCUGCAUUACCAGCGAACGGGAGAAGGGGAGCACGCAGUCCUUCUGCUUCCUGGGAUGUUGGGAAGCGGAAGCACCGAUUUUGCACCACAGCUACAGAGCCUUAAUAAGAAACGCUUCACAGUGGUGGCCUGGGACCCUCGAGGAUAUGGACAGUCCAGACCUCCAGAUCGAGACUUCCCACAGGACUUUUUUGAAAGGGAUGCAAAGGAUGCUGUCGACUUGAUGAAGGUGCUGCAGUUCAAGCAGGUCUCCCUCCUGGGCUGGAGUGACGGGGGUAUAACUGCACUCAUUGCUGCUGCAAAGUACCCAUCGUACAUCCACAAGAUGGUGAUCUGGGGAGCAAAUGCCUACGUCACUGAGGAAGAUAGCAGGAUUUACCAGGGUAUCCGUGAUGUUUCUAAAUGGAGUGAGAAGGCAAGGAAACCUCUGGAAGCCUUGUAUGGAUAUGACUACUUUGCCAAAACCUGUGAGAAGUGGGUGGAUGGCAUAAACCAGUUUAAACAUCUGCCAGAUGGUAACAUCUGUCGGCACUUGCUGCCCCUGGUCCAGUGCCCAACCCUCAUUGUGCACGGAGAGAAGGACCCAUUGGUCCCACGUUUUCAUGCUGACUUCCUUCACAAGCAUGUGAAAGGGUCACGGCUGCAUCUGAUGCCAGAAGGCAAGCAUAAUCUGCAUUUACGUUUUGCAAAUGAAUUCAACAAGUUGGCAGAAGACUUUCUACAAUGAAAUUAUAGGAAGUCUUUGGUUUCUGGGUGAAUCUGUAUUGAAGGAUCAUGUCCUUGUCUGUUACCAGUGUGCUCCAAAAUGCCUUCCUUGCUUUUAUCCUCAGUACACAGACCUACCAGGCUUUCUACAUUUCCCAUGAUCUGACUUUGUGCAAGCAGGAAAAAUGGCAUACCCAAAUCAGGUUAUAGCUUUAAUAGCUGCCAAAAAUGAAUACAUUUUUUACAUUAAAUUAUGAGUUUCUAUCAUUGUCUAAAAUAAAUUCUUACCAUAAUUUAUUUUCAAAUAAAUUUCAUGUGAAACAUU